ACGUCUCCCCCCAAUGCGCAUGAUAGGCAUCAUGUCGAAGACCUCCCGAUCGCUUGGUCGAGUACUAACGGCUGCUAUAGAUCAACUGGCGGAUGCGGGUAACCCUCAACGACGGCAGGUCAAUGACCGGUCAGAUGCUCGCCUUCGAUAAGCAUAUGAACCUGGUCCUUGCCGAUACCGAGGAGUUUCGACGUGUCAAGCGCAAGCAGAACAAGCCUGCGGCCCCCGGUGCCUCUGGCUCCUCCGCCCAAACGAUCGAGUCCGAGGAGAAGCGAACUCUCGGUUUGACGAUUGUCCGCGGCGCCCACAUCAUUUCGCUCUCCGUCGAGUCGCCUCCCCCCGCCGACCCCAGCGCGAGACUUGGAAAGAGUGCUCCUGGUGGAAUCCCUUCUGCCCUGGCUGCUGGCCCUGGUGUCGCCCGUCCCGCUGGUCGCGGUGCUGCUCCUCCUUCUCUCGCUGGUCCUGCCGCUGGUGUUGGCGGUGCUGCGCCUCCUGGCUUCCCUGGCUUCCCUGGAGCUCCCGGUUUCCCUGGUGGCCGAGGUGCUCCCCCUCCCGGUUUCCCUGGAAGCUUCCCUCCUCCCGGUUUCCCCGGAAGUGCUCCUUUCGCCCCUCCUGGCUUCAACCCUGGCGGCCCUCCUCCCCCUGGAUUCAACCCUCCUCCACGACGAUAGAUUAUGUAGGCGCUGGAUAGAGAUUGGGAAUUAAUGUUCUGCAAGAAAUUACGAUACCUUUUCCACAGGCCA